AUGGCUGAAGGAGGCGGUAUCGAUCGUCGCGCCGACGAGAAGAUGGAGUUCUCCACUUCCAAGGAGGUCACCGUUCAUCCCACCUUCGAGUCCAUGUCGCUGAAGGAGAACCUUCUUCGCGGUAUCUACGCCUACGGCUAUGAGUCGCCCUCUGCCGUUCAAUCGCGAGCCAUCGUACAGGUCUGCAAGGGUCGCGACACCAUUGCCCAAGCUCAGUCUGGUACAGGAAAGACGGCCACCUUUUCUAUUUCGAUGCUGCAAGUCAUCGAUACAGCUGUUCGUGAGACUCAGGCCCUCGUCCUGUCGCCAACGCGUGAACUGGCUACCCAAAUUCAGUCCGUUGUCAUGGCUCUUGGAGACUACAUGAAUGUCCAAUGUCAUGCUUGUAUCGGCGGCACCAACGUCGGUGAGGACAUUCGAAAGCUCGACUACGGCCAACACAUUGUGUCCGGCACCCCUGGUCGCGUUGCCGAUAUGAUUCGCCGCCGUCAUCUCCGUACCCGUCACAUUAAGAUGCUGGUUCUGGAUGAAGCCGAUGAGCUGCUGAACCAGGGAUUCCGCGAACAGAUUUACGACGUUUACCGAUACCUGCCUCCGGCCACCCAAGUCGUCGUCGUUUCCGCUACCCUCCCAUACGAUGUCCUCGACAUGACGACCAAAUUCAUGACCGAUCCGGUCCGUAUCCUUGUCAAGCGUGACGAGCUGACCCUCGAGGGCCUCAAGCAAUACUUCAUUGCUGUUGAGAAGGAGGACUGGAAGUUCGACACCCUCUGUGAUCUAUACGACACUCUUACAAUUACACAAGCCGUCAUCUUCUGCAACACACGACGCAAGGUCGAUUGGUUAACCGACAAGAUGCGGGAGGCCAACUUCACCGUCAGCAGUAUGCAUGGAGAUAUGCCUCAAAAGGAGAGAGAUAGUAUUAUGCAGGACUUCAGACAAGGCAACAGCAGAGUUCUAAUCUCGACUGAUGUGUGGGCGCGUGGUAUCGACGUACAACAGGUCAGCUUGGUCAUCAACUACGACCUUCCAAGCAACCGAGAGAACUAUAUUCAUCGGAUCGGUCGCAGUGGCCGGUUCGGCCGAAAGGGUGUUGCCAUCAACUUUGUUACUAGCGAGGAUGUGCGCAUUCUUCGCGACAUUGAAUUGUACUAUUCAACCCAGAUCGACGAGAUGCCGAUGAACGUUGCGGACUUGAUUUCAUGA